AUGGAGCAAAUCGGCAAGAGGAGACCGGGGUCCGAUGUCAUCCCAACUCCGAUAUGGGUCAUGGUCGUUCGGAUAUUCCAGGUCGUUUUAUCCUUUGUUGUGCUCGGAUGCUGCGGCGCGUUCGUGCACUGGCUCUACUCCGACCAGCUUGGAUUCGCCAUCAUCUGUUCCCUCUUCACUUGGAUCAUAUCCAUCUACAACAUCAUCGCUGAGAAGGUCCCCGCCUGUCGCAGGGCAUACAAUGUGUACGCAACGCUGGCUCUCGAUGUUCUUAUGAUCAUCUUCUGGCUGGCCUCCCUGGGUGCACUGGCAGCGUACCGAGCAACCUUCAACACGCCCGUCAACGCCUCCUGCUCAAGCAACGGCAGCCUGGUAGACAGUGGCGAGUGCGUCAUCUCCAAGCGCGCGCGAGGCGGCACCUCUGUGGCAACCAAAGGUGCACUCAACCUUGUCAGCGGAGCUGCUGGUGUUUCCGCGCUCAUCAUGCUCCUCUACAUUGUAUCCUUUGCCUACGUGUGCCACUUCUGGAGGAUCUCUCGGGCGAGGGGCGCUUCGGGCGACUCGGAGAAGUUCAAUGGCGAGAUGGCCAGCGGCAUCCCACCCCAGCAGGUGUCCGCUCAGCAGUCACAGUCGCUUCUGAACCAGCCCUCCGGGUACCAGGCCGACGCACAUGGCUAUGCCCAGUCUCACCAGGCCCCCGGGCAAUAUCACUCGCCCCAGGAUCUCUAUACUCAGCAAACUCAAUACUCUCAGCAUGGCACAACACCGUACGAUCCUUACAGCAACCAGAAGAUUGAUACCCACUACUCGGGGGCGUCAGCGGGGUACGGCGGCCACGACGUGAGCAAUCAACACCAGCCUGUGGCGUACAGCACGCCUACUCCAGGGCAAAUGUAUCAGCCACCACCCCAGUGA